UUUAAACGUCUAAAUAUUGAAAUGCUUGAGAAGCCGAUCCGAUGAGCAUGAGAUUCUCGUGAGAGAAACGCCACUGAACAAACCAAGUAACAACAGCUACUUUAUUGUGUUGAGUCAUAGUCCUCACCAUUGGCUUGUGUUUGCUUAAUUGGAGUCAGAGGGAAAAGAAAAUCAGAAUGCCUGAAGAAACCAUUUCGAUAGACUACGUGAUGGAGAAGGCUUCCGGACCUCACUUCUCCGGCCUCCGCAUCGACGGCCCUGCUUCAUCGCCUUCGGCUUCCGCCGCAGCCGACGUUAACGCUCCCAAACAACCCUUUGUUAUCGGAGUCUCGGGUGGUACAGCUUCAGGUAAGACCACGGUUUGUGAUAUGAUCAUCCAACAACUUCAUGAUCAUCGUGUUGUCCUUGUCAAUCAGGAUUCAUUUUAUCGUGGUUUGACACCUGAAGAAUCAAAACAUGUAAAUGAGUAUAAUUUUGAUCAUCCUGAUGCUUUUGACACUGAGCAGCUUCUUGAUUGCAUUAAAACGCUCAAAUCUGGGCAAUCUUACCAAGUUCCGAUUUAUAAUUUUAAGAAACACUGUCGCUGUUCUGAUAGUUUUCGGCAGGUGAAUGCUUCUGAUGUUAUUAUCCUGGAAGGCAUACUGGUUUUCCAUGAUCAACGUGUCCGCAACUUGAUGAACAUGAAGAUUUUUGUUGACGCAGAUGCUGAUGUGAGGCUUGCUCGUAGAAUUAGACGUGACACAGUUGAGAGGGGUAGGGAUGUAGACUCUGUUCUCAAACAGCAGUAUGCCAAGUUUGUGAAACCUGCCUUUGAAGAUUUUGUUCUUCCAUCAAAGAAGUAUGCAGAUGUAAUCAUACCCCGCGGAGGUGAAAAUCAUGUUGCCAUAAAUUUGAUUGUGCAACAUAUCCACACAAAGCUUGGGCUGCAUGAUCUCUGUAAAAUAUAUCCCAAUGUCCAUGUGAUUCAGUCAACAUUCCAGAUUAGAGGUAUGCAUACACUGAUACGAGACAGGGAGAUAUCAAAGCAUGAUUUUGUGUUUUACUCUGAUCGACUUAUCCGUCUGGUUGUGGAGCAUGGUCUUGGCCAUCUUCCAUUCACUGAAAAGCAAGUAGUUACUCCUACAGGAUCCUUUUAUACUGGGGUUGAUUUUUGCAAGAAGUUGUGCGGAGUCUCCAUUGUUCGUAGUGGUGAGAGCAUGGAAAAUGCAUUGCGUGCAUGCUGCAAAGGAAUUAAAAUUGGAAAAUUUCUGAUUCAUCGUGACGGAGAUAAUGGUAAACAGUUAAUAUAUGAGAAGCUUCCCAAGGAUAUUUCAGAACGGCAUGUCCUGCUUCUUGACCCUGUUCUUGCCACAGGGAACUCUGCUAACCAAGCUAUUGAACUACUCAUACAGAAAGGAGUACCAGAAUCCCGUAUUAUAUUCCUCAACCUUAUCUCUGCUCCAGAAGGAAUUCAUUGUGUUUGUAAAAGGUUUCCGUCUAUGAAAAUUGUCACUUCCGAAAUUGAUGUUGGUUUGAAUGAAGAAUUCCGAGUAAUCCCUGGUAUGGGUGAGUUUGGUGAUCGUUACUUUGGCACUGACGACUGAUGAUGAUGGUUGAAAAGUAGAGGUAGAUUAAUACCCACUGUCAAAAGAGGGUGGCUUUUACAGAAAUUAUAAUCAAUAUGACAAAAUGAGGGAAUCCUGUGUUUGUAUAAUAUACUACAGAUACUGUUUAAGCUCUCCAAUAAUUCUCAUCAUUGAUUUGUGUUUGCAUUGCUGCAACAAUCUUCAGUGAUGAAUGAGAUGGCUUGCUUUCGAUGUAGCCUUACGUUUCAUGCAUUGCUAUACCCUGUUUUUAAUUUCAUGCAAACAGCUUCACUUUCUAUGCAUUGCUCUUUCAUUUCUUUUAUGGAAAGGUCAAGAAUUUCCGACUGUUUUUUA